AUGUGGGUCGAUGCUUCUGUGAAUAGCAGUAAAGAAAAUCUACAGGCACAGAAAACUUUAAUUAAAAUUCAUAAUGAAUUUAAAACAUUCGAAUCUGUUGACGAAUGUGAAAAUGCUAUUCAACAACUUUCCAAAACUAGUCGAGCUAUUAUUGUUAUCAGUGGAGGAUUCGGUAGAGAGCUACUACCUCGUAUUCAUGACUUACCACAAGUAUUGACAAUUUAUAUUUUCUGCAUGGAUCAAGCAAAACAUUUAGAAUGGGCGAAACAAUUUAACAAGAUCAAAGCGAUUAUUGUCGAUUUGCAUAAACUCAUUUCAACAAUUCAAUUCGAUCAUGAACUACGAAUAAAUGUGACAAAACCAAUACAAAUCAAUAUUCCCGAUCCUAAUUCAAAAUCAGAAAAUAAAAUACUGGAUACAUUUCAGUACUCUUCGAAAUAUCUUGUUAUUGCUGGUGAACUUCAAUAUACCGAAAAAACAAUGAGAGAUAUUGCAACUGAAAUUGUUAAUCGGUUUAAAAGCGAUCCAAAUCGUGACUUCAAUGUACUUAUUUCUGAAACUGUACAACCAAUUAUGUAUUUAUUGAAACGUGAACAAAAUCUAGUAGAUUUUUCCAAUCCAUUCAAACGUUUACUUUCAAAAGAAAAAGAUAUCCCUUGUGUGAGUCAACGCUUCUUAAUCGACACGAUCAUGAUGAACUCCGAUCGAUUUCUCUGUCGACGUUUAACAUCUCUUCUCAGCAAACGUAAUUCUGUCCCAAUGAUUCAACCACCUCUCGAUUCUACGAACAAUGAAUAUCGUUCGAUAUCUAAUAUCAUUCAUGUAUGGGAUUAUCAUCGUCCCGUAUUACUCUCUUUCGGCAUUGGACAAUGUAAAGGAAAAACUUCAUUAAUGAAUACUCUAUUCGACAGUAACUUUGAACAAUCAAUGAAAGAUAGAUAUUUUUCUGCCACCAUCGAUGUUGAUUUCGGCUAUCAUUUUGUUGAACGACGUCCUAUAAAUAUUGCAGAUACUCAUGGGGAAAUCUCAAGUGAAAUUCUUGCUCAAAUAUCGAUGUUAUUCAAUGGUUUUCUCAUUCAUGUCAAUUCAGCAUAUUUAUGUUCGAAUCAAUCGAAUGUUAUCAAAUAUCUUCAAUUACUCUCUCCUGAAAGCUAUGUUCUACUACUCAUUCGUGAUGUUGACGAUGAAAAUGAUGAGAAAAUACAAUCAACUGUUGAAACUAUAUGUUCUGUUUGUUCUCAUUGCCAAAGUCAUUAUUUGCCAAAUGUUGUCGACAAAACUACGGACGAGAACAGAGAGAAAAUUGAUGAAGUACGUGAAAAGAUCUUUCGUGAUACAGUUCAACUUCAAUGUUUGGAUGAGAAAUCAAUUCAAGAAUAUCUCAAAAGACUACUAAAUAACACUCAAAAAGAAAUCAUUGAACAAGACAUAGCUUUUAUUAAUUCUAUUCGAUCUAUUCUUAUUGAUGGGAAAGAAGAGAAUUAUUUAUUAUACACUUUAUUUACAAAACUAUGUAAGAAGAGAUUGGAAGUAGCUAAAAUAGAUCCAUAUGACAAAGAUUUUCAAGACGAAAAACUGUAUAAACUCAAUCUUGAAUUAUUCAAUGCUGAUUCUGAAUUUAAAGAAAAGCAACGAAUGGGUUCUCAUGCAUAUGGUGCCGGAUUUGAAUUAUUUUUCAAUUUACUUCAGAAACAAGAAUCAAGAUUAACCAAGUUGCAUUUACUAUCGAUGGAACUGAGAAAAGAAGCAGAUAAAAAGAAGACAGGUCAAAAAGACUUACCGUUUUAUAAUCAAUUAUCACUCGAAAUUCACUGGCGUAAUGCAAUUAUCGGUUCAACUAGUUUGUCCAAUGCGGAACUGGAAAUACUUGUCAACACCUAUCGAGAUUAUAUUGCUGAGGGAAAUCCAUUUGAAAUAGUCGAUGGUGAUAAUUUCGAAAUGCAAGGCAAUUUUCUAACAAAAGUGUUUGAAUUAUUUCCAAACAAGAAAUUUUUUGUCAUCAGUAUAAAUGGACCACAGAAUAGUGGUAAAAGCACAUUGCUUAAUUUCUUGUUUGGUACUUUAUUUGAAGCACGCGAUGGCAGAUGCACAAAGGGUAUUUAUGGAACAUUAAUCAAUGUUCAAAGUAAAACCAACAAGAACCAACUCAUUCCACUUGAUUAUGAUUACAUUCUUGUUAUUGAUACGGAAGGUUUACUGUCUAUUCAGAAACAUGAUGAACAAUACGAUAAACGGCUAAUUCUCUUCUGUUUGGCUGUAUCUCAUUUGGUGAUCGUUAAUGUUGAAAUUGAAAUAAAUGAAGCAGUGAGAAAGUUUUUUGUCCUUUGUACACAAGCUCUCAAAUAUCUUGGUGAGACACGUGUUACACAACCAACAGUGCAUUUCAUUCUUAACAAACGGCCCAAUCCGGAUGAAGAGUAUUGUAAAACACUUCUUGAAUGUGUUCGUACAACUUUAAAAGAUAAUAAGUUAGACAAUGAAAUCAAUCUUCAACCCGACAAUUUUCAUGUUUUAUCAACAGCAUUUAAUCGAAAUCCGUUUAAAAUUUUGAAUGGAAAAUGUGCAGCAUUCUCGACCGACAUAACAUUUGUAACAAAUGUUCAAAAGCUUUGUAAAUUUCUCAUCGAUACUUCAUCCGACAUUAUUCGACAAACUGGUGAUGGUUUCUGUAUACCGACAAGUUGGAUCGCAUUUGCGAAUAGAAUACUUCGAACAAUCAAAAAACAUCCUGAUCUAACUCAUUUUCAAGAUGUCUUCGAACGUGAUCAAUACAACAAAAUACGAGACGAUAUUCGACGCGAUUUUGAUCAAUAUUUAUCUCCGACAGUCGCUCGUUAUCUAAUGGACAAAGAAAAACAGAACAGUACUGAUAAUAUCAAAGAUUCCUUCAAGAUUGAAUAUGAACGUAUUUUAAAAACUCUUGAAGACAGACUCCGAGAACAUUGUGGACAAUGUCAAGCAAGUGAGAAUAUUCAGGAACGAUCAUCGCAAUUUAUGCAAGUACAAUUAAUCAGUAUCUUUCGAUCAUGGGAAGUUUCAGCUAGAAUGGCAUCCAGACGAUACAAAAUCGAUCAAAUAGUCAAUGAUAUCGAGAACAAACUUCGAACAAAAGCAAUCAGUGUCACUCAUAAAAAUUAUCUCAUGGAUAAACAAUCGGCAACAGAGAUGUUCGACGAAGAAUUAAAAGAUAUAUUCGUUCAAAUAAAAGACAAAUUCAAAUCUGAAAUGGUAUGGAAACAAUCGAUUGACAUGGUUUCUCAUCUGUGUGAUGUACUCGACAAAGAUGUGUUGCCAACCGGAAAUAAUAUACUCGUCUAUUUACCUUUUCUCAAGACUCUGGAUGAUGGUUCAUUAGAUCAGUCAAUCUCAAUGGAUGAUUGUCUAUCAAAAAUUCGUGCCAAAUUUAUAUCUGAAUCUUCGAAUUUAGAUCCAUUAACUUCACAUCUGAUCAAUAUGUCUUCAUUGAUCUCUCGCAAUGAAAUAAAACAACCGCACAAGUUUCUUAACAACGAUGAAUUGUCAAGAAUAUAUUUUGUCAUCUAUCCGGAUGGCAAAGAGACAAGAGAAUCAGUCAGGAAAGGUGCACGUCAACUAUAUUCUCAGCUCUUCAAUGACAAUUGGAUGACUAUUGUUCAAAUAUCGAAAUGUUUCGAAGUCUUACUGGCUGACAUAAAAGAAAUUUUAACUUCAACAAAUAAUGAUGAACCUUGGACUGAAAUCACACUUGUACAAAAAAUUUUAGGAACAGUGAACAAAGUCAUACAAGAUUUUAACAAUGAAUUAAACAUAUUUAAUUUCUGUUUAUCUAAACAGUUUCGUAGCACUUUGUACAUUUGCACUGUUAUAUCAACAGCUUUAUACUAUUACAAUCGACAAAAAACUCAUUUUCUUCAUGUUAUCAGAUGUGCAUCUGAAAACAAGUCGAAAUUGAUCAAACGAUUUCUUCCUUGGGUUGUUCUUAUUGAAAAUGAUGAUGAAAAUGUAGCCACUAAUCGAAUCAAUGAACUUUCUCAAGUAUUGUGUCAAUUAUUUCAACCACAAAUCAAAGAAAUUAUCGAAAAGCAUGUUAACAACGAAAUGACAAAAACGUUAAAUCGAUGUUCUAUUAUUAAAGAACUUGAUGAUGAAGUCUAUCAUGCUACCGAUGAUUGGCUUAAACGUUAUGUUCUUUAUCCUAUUAAAUUAAUCAUCAAACGAUUUAACGAAAAAUGGACGAAAGUCAAAGCAGAAGUAGAUGAAAAACUUAAUAUGAUCGUGAAUUUAGUUUCGAUGAGAUUACGUGACAUUUUCGAGUUAAUAAAAACGGUUAAUACGAUCUCGCAAGAAUUAGGAGCGCAUUCUCUUUCGUUCGUCGAUAGUUUAUUCAAAUUAAAAGACGAGCAAAGGACUGAUCAUGCAAACGAUAAGCAAUUUUGCAUGUCCAAACUCUUCUAUCUCUAUCUUGUUGGUGAAGAUAUUCCAAGCGAAAUCUCUACUAGAAAUGGUUCAAUCUACACAGUUGAUUCCAAAUGGCGAACAAUCAUUGAUCAUUUUCCAAAACCAAGUGCAAAAAUCAAGCAGGUUUUUUGUUUGCUUCAAAACGCAUUUGAAAUGUCUACAAUCAGUUAUCUUGGUUUUUUUCUCGAUAAAAUACUUAGUCGACAGAAUGAAACUGAAUUAAUAGUGUCAAAUCAAUUGACUUCAUUUAUUCGAAAUACAUAUCUAAUCAUUGAAGAACAAUUAAGCAAUCGAAUGCGAGGUUGUCAAGCUCGAUGUCCUUGUUGCAAGCGUAUUUGUGAUGUUGAUCAUCAUUUAAACAUUACUUCUCCAAUCGGACAAGAAGAAAACAGACAUUGUUGCAAGUUUGGUCAUCAAAUUCGUGGUAUGGGUGGUAUACGUUAUGAAAUUACUGAUGAAGCUUCAACAUCAUGGUGUGAGAUCAUCAAAGACAAUGAUCCAAUAACUAUUGAUAAUAAUAUUCGACAGACAUGGAAGAAUUUUAAGAGUGCCAAUGCUGAUUGGGAUUUUGGCGACGGUCUCAGAGUUCGAGAAAAAUUGGAAACAUCGUAUGCCUAUAUCUGGGAAAAAAUUGGUAAACAGUUAUGUGACCACUUUGGUAAUGGAAUGAAAUUUGUCAAACAAAAUACUCCAUCACCGGUGAAUCACUUCAUCUUUGUACUUGAUCAUUCUGGUUCAAUGAAUGAAAGGAGUAAUAUAUUGACACGACUGAUAACUCUGACUGCCACAGCGAACAACUCUAAUGAAACAAAUAUCAGUCCAUGGGAACAUUUGCGUCGAGCUGUCAAAGGAUUUAUUGAUAUUCGUAUUAAGCAAGUUUCCCUGAACGAUGAAAUCACGAUGAUUCUAUUCGCUAGCCGAUCAGAACGAAUUUACAAUCGAGAAAGAGUGACUGACAUCGAUUUCAAUCGAAUCAACACACCGAUGAACAUUUGUGGUAGUGGUACGAAUUUUUCUGCUGCAUUUCAGAUGGUCAUCAAGACACUUGAAGAAGUCAAUAACGAUUCGGAACGAAAUAAGAUGCAACAAACGAUUAUUUUUAUGACUGAUGGUGAACCUCAAGGAUAUCCGACUACGGAGUUACAACAGUUACGUGAUUACAAGACAGAUACUACUACAAAUCAGAAUAACAAAGCUUUGAUAAACAAUUUUUGGACGAUGGCUCUUGGAAAUUUUAACAAAAAAGUUAUCGAAAAAAUCAAUCAGACAAUACAAGGAAAAUUGGUUAACAUUGAACAGGCAGAAGAUCUAGUAGAAGCAUAUGCACAAAUUGCCGAAAUUUUCGACGAUCGUGAUGAUCGUGGUCAUGGUGGUUUUCGACCAGGUGCUGGUAGAAAACGAAAACAAUCAGCAGUAUCUAUUCAAGUUAUGUCAAAGAAAAGACGUGAACGAGCUGCACAUAGACAAACUAUGUAUAGAUAUAGGGCUGGAUUAACAUAA